AUGGCCUAUGUAGUGGAUACUGAUACGCCUGGAGGCGUAGAGCGUUGGGUCCAACCCCUGGGUCCAACCUGGUACGACGACACCUACCCAGCCUGCUCGGGGCCUCCUCCUCCUCGAAAAGAAAGGUCCCUCAUAUACGUCCGCGCUCCUCGCUACGAGAUGAGCUUUAGCGAGGAACCGCUGGAGAGUAUCAAGGAUCAAAACGACCAUUAUGGUAAUAACCAAGAUUCGAUUAGUGUCUGGGAUUAUUACAAUGAACAUGCAGCCAAAACUGACGCGGACAUCCUUACGGAAGCAAACGAGACUGCGGGGAUUCUCCUGACAUUUGCGGGUCUAUUCUCGGCCGCUGUCGCGGCAUUUAUUGCUAUUGCUUUCCCAAAAUUGUCGGCAGACCCAAACGACACCCUCGUGGCUAUCCUUCAAGUUUUGAGUCAAGGUGGACAGCCAAGCAUUACAAUCCAAAAGCCGCCAGUGUACGGUAUUCGUGUCAACGCUUUUCUAUUCGGGGCUCUGAGCGUCGCUCUGGUUGUCGCGGUACUCUGCAUCUUUAUAAAUCAGUGGGCACGCAACUAUCAACGUGAGAUCGCCACUCAAUACUCAUCACCUCAUCAUGAAGCUCGUGCCCGUUUUGUUCUCCAUCGGGGUAUGAAGCGAUACGAUUUCAUUGCCUUCCUCGACUGGCUCUCUGUCAUCAUGCUUCUUGCCGUCUUUCUUGCUAUGAUUGGCAUUUUCGACCUCAUCUUCUCUACUUGUCCUCAUGUUGGAUAUAUUCCCGUUAUAUCGUUCACCUUAGGCAUAGGUAUAGUUCUAUGGCGUACCUUGCAAGCUAUUCAACACCCCGACGCCCCUUUUCGGUCUCCCCUCUCUCGAGUUUUGGGAGCUCUACUUGGAAUCUUGCGCAAUAUGCCGGUAAAGCGGCAAAAGAGGAAAUACAACCUCUUACCACUGCUACUCACCCCAAAUACGGACAACUCGGGAGAGCGCGGCAACGCUAUCAAAGAAUAUGUCAAGUCACGUGCUGAACUCGACCUCGAGAUCAUUAUUCAUAACAUGCUUCAAGCCGAUAAGACAACCGAGCGCUGGCUUCUCGACCGUUGCUUCAAGAAAAUCCCCUCCCUUACAUGGGUGUCGGAGAACGUCAAGACUAGUGGGAUUCUCUCGCACCCUGUUAUUCUUGGCACAAGUGUCUUCCUCACCAAGACCUGUGUGCAAGCUGCACCGAACAAAGGCGACAAUGCACUGGUGCCCACACGUUUCGAGCGUGCGCAGACGCUGGCCCAGUUUAUUGUAUGGUUCCUCUGGCUGGAUUCCGGAGCGUUCCGUUCAAAGGCUCAGGAUCCAGCUUUAAUAACGCCAUGGAUGAAUCUGGUUCGCGAACAUGGCCGGCACGCCUUGAGUGCUCUAUCAAGCCUUAAACCAACUCCCGAGCAUGUCGCAACCAAAGAAAGUCUCAUUACAGCAGUAUGCACUGCGUAUAGCGCCAUUGGUCUCCUCGAGCACAUUCCAAUCGACAAUGAUGACACUACAAGCUUCACGACUCACUGUGGGCCCUGUUCGCGGAGACUGGAAGAUCUCAGAGGGGCAGUAACUAAGGUUCCUGAAGUCCCUUGUACAAGCGAACCCAAACAGCCACAUACUCUUGCAUUAUUUCAGGCAAUUGUGGCGCUUCUCUCAAUGCGCGGUGAUUGCAUGCGUGAACUAACCGGAUGCGCAUUCGAAAUUGAAUCUGAAGAAAUAGUGCUGCUCAUCAAACAGUGGCUGUAUAGUACAUUUUACAGACCUUCUCAAGACGAGAUACAUAUACUAUUGAGAAUUCUGGAGACACGGAGCACUCGAGCCAGUGAAGGGGCAAAAGAGAUAUGGUUUAGACCCCUCUUGGGUUUUGUUCGCUCAAUUAACUCCUCAGAGACCCCCGAAACUCCCGCUCCUACCGCUCGGGAGGCUAUUAUUCCGGUGACUCGCCCGAACGAAAAUAACUCUGGCCGGCUAUCUACCUCAACUAAACACAAACUACCGCCACCCACUACCCAACCCCAAGCAACAAACAACCAACUUAGCGACCGCUAUCGGUCUGUCAAUCAGGUGUCUGCCCAUGCGGAACCCCUACCAACCAUCUCCUCUCCAAGGGCAGAGGCCAUCGAGGCCAAGUCUUCCCAACAACCCCGCCCGCCAUCUUAUACAACUGCCGCGUCCUAUAAUACGGGGGCUAUUGCUGGACAUCGGGCCAGGGUGAUACAAGACGCCUCGGCCAAUCCUUUCCAGCAACCAACUGCGGCAAUGGUAGCAGAAAAAGACUCUGUUACUUGGAGUCACAAAGCCACGCGGGAUGUUGUCAUUGCGCCCACAAUGCACUCGAUACCGCUUGCUCCCUUUUCUACGUCGUCUUCAGAAGAGGAACCAGGAAAAGUUCCCAAAGACUACUCGACUGCCCUCGACGCCUCGAUGACGACGCAACUUUCCAGCGUUUAUAGGGCUUUAAAUUCGUCUCCUGACGUUCCCCUUCGGUCUUCCAACGAUCCCCUUAACAGCACUUACAUUCAUUAUCUCCAGCCUUCCGAUGAUGAUAUCUAA